GUAUGGACCUACUGAUGGUGGUGCAGUUCAAGGCUCAAUUAAGUCAGCCUGGCUUAGGCAGCCGCGGGACAGGUGUGUUCCAUGCUCCUCGUGAACUACUGGAAUACAACAGAACCAACUGCAGCAACAUCAAAGAAACGAUGACUAAACAAGGAGGUGAUGAUCAUGGUUGCAGCUAUCAGAAUGAAAGUAACAAAGACAACAACAAAAAUGCUGUCCAUGAAGGCUCAACGAAGGCUCAGAAAAGAAAAAAGAAAAAGGGCUCAAAAGGGAAGAAUGGUGGCUCAGUGAAGGUGAAGAAGGAGGAGGAAUGCUACGAUCCUUCACUGCCAGCUGGGAUAAAUUUACCCAUGGAGUGGACUUACUAAGCCAACAAUUCUAAGGCUCCAUUUUGAAGGCAAUGAAAGUGAGAAUAAUCUAUAAGCUCAAAUAAUGUUUUAAGAAUUAUCAAAUAAAUAUUGAAAGACAUUGGAACUAUACUUAUGCCCUGCUAUUGGUUAU